UGAUAUUAAAUUAUCUCUACUCACUCUUACUCAUCCCAAUGAAUCAGUAAAUAAAUUCAAAAAGACAGUCUAUCAUACAUCAUUGUACCAACUAGACUUUAUAGGGAGUUCGUGAACUGUUCUGUUAUAUUCUCUUAACGAUCUUUAUUGUAUUCGAUAUUCUCAAUCCAUAUAAAUAUUGCUUACUUGGAUACAUCGUAGUGUAAAGAAAAAAGUCUUUCGUAUUAGACAGAAUUAAGUGAGACUCUUAAAAUAUUCGAAGAACAACAUGAUGAAGGUUCUCAUGCUCGUCGCGUAUGUGCUGAUCAUUGCUACUGUGGUCUAUACUCUUGACACCCAAACUGAACGGAAUAAAUUCUUCAAGGACUUCACAACAUGUGCCGAUGAAUUAAAUUCGUCCAGAGACUUCAAUCGUCAUGUGAUCAAGUGUAUGUUUGAAAAAAAUUUCUUGGUCGACGAACAAGGUAGAAUGAAGAAGGAUGAAAUUUUAAGAUACUUCGGUUAUAUCACGUCUUCACAGGAGGAGUUGCAAAAAAUUGCCUCUUGUAUCGAUCACGAAUUGGAUAAUCGAAAUGAAGAAAGCAAUGAUAAGAAAACUCUUGCAGCUAUAGACUGUUUCUUAUUCAAAUUAUCAAUAAUUACAAGACAUUUCUAAACAAAUAAUAAGCGAAAGAAAUUAUCAUAGAUUAUACAAAUCAUCAUAGAAAGAGAGAAAUGUAUCUAUAAAAAUCUAAAAAUGUAUCUAAUAAAAUGUCUCUAUAUUAAA